AAUUGAGCGAGAGAGAGAGAGAAAAUCACAGCACAGGCAGAUAGACAGCAACAGACACGAAGCGGGGAUUUGAGAUAGGACCAAAUAGACUGAAGAGGGAGUUGGCGAGAGAGAGAGGGUCAAUACGGGGACAUAUUGAUUUGAGGAAUAUUGCGUCAAAAUCGGUUAGAAUAACUCUGUGUUCCCUGAGUGACGGGAAGGGAGAUAACACACGCACGCACACACACCGUCCGGAGUCCGAAAAUGGAGGGCAUGGCAUAUGGAGCUGGGAAGGCUGGAGGUGCUUUCAACCCUAUAACGUUCUUCCAGCAGCCACACACCAUCCUCCGGAUCCUCUCGUGGUUUUUCUCUAUUGUGAUCUUUGGUUCGAUAGCCAACGAGGGUUACGUGAACCGACCGGACGAGGCCCAGGAGUUCUGUAUUUUCAACAGGAACCAGAAUGCGUGUAACUAUGGACUCUUCAUGGGAACCUUGGCCUUCCUCUGCUGUCUGGUCUUCCUGGCCCUGGAUGUCUACUUCCCACAGAUCAGCUCCGUCAAGGACCGCAAGAAGGCUGUACUGGCAGACGUAGGGGUUUCAGCAUUCUGGUCCUUCAUGUGGUUCGUGGGGUUCUGUUUCCUGACCAACCAAUGGCAGGUGGCAAAGCUGGAGGACAACCUGAGGGAGGGAGGGGAUGCCGCUCGUGGCAUCACCUUCGCCUUCUUCUCCAUAUUCACCUGGGCAGUCAACCCCCUGGGCGCCGAAGACGUGGAUGUCGAUUAA